AAUUCUUCAAGUGAUACUGAUACAUCUAAUUUGGCAAAGCUCCUUGCUGAACAAUUUCGCAUUUUAUUUUUGCAAACUAGAGUACCAACUAAAAGAACUCCUAAAUUACAACAAUUAUUUGAAAAUUUCCAUAGUACUUAUAAUGAUGAAAUUGCUAAAUUAGCAAGUCAAUUAAUUCAAAAAAAAGACAAUCAAGUUGAAGUUAAUGUGUUAAAGACUUUUGUAGUCAAAAGUCUUCAAAUACAUGUUAAAUAUUUGAUAGUUGAAUCUAAUGGAGAAAGUCCCAAUUAUACUUUAAUGGUUUUAAAUUGUAUUAAAGAAUUGGAUAAUAUUACAAUUAAUUUUACAUUUCCUGCUACAA